AUGUCCGGAAACUGUCGAGGCUUCACAAAUGUCGCGGUCCGUGUUAGUGAUAUGUGGCCGGCCCUAUCCCUGUUUUCAAUGUUUUCAGUGUUUUCAACCUGCAUGGACCACAACCUUUUGUUAAAUUCUUAUUGGCUACUUCUUCGAAUGACUGAGCCUAUUGUGGUCGACGGAGGGCUCGCACAUGAGUGUCUCCAGUCCAUGCCCUUUGACGCGCAAAAGGGGGCGAAAUUUGUCUCAGAAUUAACCAAAUACAUCCAGUUUCAGUCGACGAUAGAGCUCCUAGACGACCCACCAGCUGGAUAUCUCUCAGCCCCAACAGACCUCCUUGGCGGUAUGGCUGAGGUACUUGCCAAAGCGAAAAGCAACCAGUUCCCUAGCCACUACGAGUUCGAAAAUGCCAUCCUGCGAGUUCUUCAUUCUGCAAAUGACGGACAUUUGGGCGCCACAUUAUGCUCAAACACAAUCUUCUACUUCAAUAAUUUGGUAUCAUUAACAUCAAUAUCGUCUGAUGGCGUACAGCUUCCUCAGCUCUAUACAUUAGAUGUUCUUCAAAAAGACCCGAAGAUCGUCUCCCCCGUCGUCAGCAUCAAUGGCUACGAAGCUGUGUCAUAUCUGAAUCAAUACGCAGAGUCGGACCAUUUCCAAGACCCAGAUGCGAGAUACAACCACCUCUUUCCCUCAAACGCUCGUUACGUAGCCCAGCAAGAAUCGACAGGCACUUGGAUGUUUAACAAUGGGUUGUGGCCUGGCUACGCGGUUCAGAACCUAACCUUUUCCAACGGAACUUCACUGGAAGUACCAACACUCGCUCAGGUUGCGCUAGAAGAUUUUAAGUACCGCAAUGGCAGUGCUCUCUGGGAAGAUGUAUGUUUGACACAGUCAGAGUCGGCAUCCGAUGACACCGAAGACAGUCUAUCAAAGAGGUCAGACACUGCCGGGAAGAAAGCACCGAGCAUGUAUCCAAAGCCUAUCAUGCGUGAUGAGUAUAACACGAUCUCGGGGUACUUCCUCGAAGAUGACGAGGAUGUCGCCGCACUCUUCGUACCUAGUUUUGAAACGAACAAAUAUGAAGGAGAUCCAUUGGCGUUUGCGAAUCACGCCACAGACUUUGUCAAGAAGGCUGUCGAUGCAGGCAAGAAAAAGCUGAUCAUUGACGUUUCAGGAAACCCUGGAGGUAACACUGCCUCCGCAUAUGACCUCUUUCGACUUUUCUUUCCCCAGACGGACAUGUAUACAGCCUCUCGUAUCCGCGCCCAUGAAUCGGUCAAUCUCAUUGGACAAGCACUGUCUUCAUUAACCAAAGAUACCGAUUACUACGGAGCAGAGGGCAUUGCUCUGUAUGACCUUGUUUCUCCGAAUCAAACGUACCAUUUCCAGUCAUGGGAAGAAUAUUACGGACCGCAGCAGGUGAAUGGAGCCAACCUCAGUCAAAUUGCCGCGAACUUCGACUUUGAUGUGAUAUCUGGCUGGGAAACCCCUAUCCGUGGCUAUGGCCCUGUCAAGCUCAACGACACCGAGAGCCCAUUCGCACCGGAGGACAUUCUUAUUGUGACGGACGGAUAUUGCACGUCAACUUGUACCCUUUUUACAGAACUGAUGACUCACCUAGGUGGUGUUAAGACUUUGGCCUUCGGUGGCCGGCCACAGAACGGCCCUAUGCAAGCAAUGGGAGGAUCUAAGGGCAGCCAGGUCGCCUCAUCGGCUUUGAUUGAUGCCUGGGUUGAGGGCGCUAAGAUUCUUGCUGAGAAGUCCGGGCAGGAUGAAAAGCCUUUGUUCAGCCUAGAGCAGCGUAGGGCCCUGAAUGAUUCUGCCCCGGCAGUGGAGGAGCUUCCUUUCAACCUGCCUUCUCUGAGUGUUAACUGGAAGAACUCAUAUCUGCGCGACAACCACGAGAUCCCGGCCCAAUUCCUCUAUGAGCCAGCUGACUGUCGCCUGUUCUAUACCUGGGAGAACUACAAAUCGCCUGCAACCACCUGGAAGGAUGCCGCUCGCGCUUGGUGGGGUAAUGGUACUUGUGUUCCUGGUUUAUCUGCGGCUUCUAGAUCCACGGCGGAUGGAAGCCCUAACAACUAG